GGCACAUAGACAGAAUUUGCUUGCUGGUACAGUGUAUCAUGCUGGCUAGGUGUUGACAAAGCUGGUAAUUGGCGUGGAGCACCCGUCGUGAAUUUUAUAUUUAAAAAAAUAUUUUCGACAUUAUUUCGGUGCUGCGUGGGGAGGCAGCCGUGGAUUUUGAGGACUCUGCAUGUUUUCAAACGCUCAAAUUAACGUUGUCAACAGGACUACUGUUUUGUUGAUGUCAUCCGCACCAGAGAUUGUAGCGACCUUCAAUUGACUUGAAUAAUCACAGACUUUUUGUUUCUUUUUAAAAUUUAAUUGACUGUUUAUAUAGUAUAGUGUCAUUCGCGACGAGCAUGGGACUUUCGCUGCCUGGCAUAUUGCUGUUAUGCUUCUUAACUCUGACAGCCGGUUCAGAUUUCCUAUUGGGAUCCAAACCCUCCGGGCAGGCGGCUUUCGUAAGGAAUUCAAACCGAGCUGCAAAAACCAUAAAGCGGUCUCUGCCGGCUUCGCCGCCUUCUUCACACAAACACGACAUAAGGAAGCGGAGCGCCCCUCCGGAUGCCUCCUGUGGCGCUUUGCAAGGAUAUGAAACCAAGUUAGGCAACAACACUCACCAUUAUACCUUCAAUGACCUCAGUGGAUCAGUGUCACUGGCCUGGGUUGGAGAUGGGACAGGGGUCAUGCUGGCUUUAACAACUUUUCAGGUUCCCUUCUUCAUGAUAAGACUUGGACAGUCUAAACUCUAUCGAAGUGAGGACUAUGGCAAGACCUUCCAGGAUGUCACAGACCUCAUCAACAAUACCUUCAUCAGGUCAGAGUUUGGCAUUGCUAUUGGGCCUGAGAAAUCUGGCAAAGUGAUCUUGACAGGCGAGGUGUCUGGGGGUCACACAUCACGGAUCUUUGUCUCUAGUGACUCUGGGAAGAGUUUCACACACCGAGAACUGCCCUUCAACCUCCUCACAGCGAUCACCUACAAUCCUGAGAAUUCCAGUGUGCUGCUGGGCCUCAGCUACAAAGAUGAGCUGUGGCUGACUGAAGAUUUUGGCUCUAACUGGAAAAAGAUCCAUGACAUGGUGUGUCUGGUGAAAUGGGCGAGGAAAAAUACCAUCUUCUUUUCAACCAAUCGCAAUGGAUCUUGUCAUGACCGGGGAGUGCUGGAGCUUAGGAGGACAACUGAUUUUGGGAAAACCAUCACGACUGUCGCCACAAAAAUCUACUCCUUCGGCCUGGGUGGACGUUUCCUCUUUGCUUCUGUAAUGACGGGCAAGGGCACUUUGAGGAUGAUCCAUGUGUCAGUGGACCAGGGAGAGACUUGGAAUAUGGCUCAAUUGCCCCCUGUUGGUCACGAGCAGUUCUAUUCCAUCUUGGCAGCAAGCGAUGAAAUGGUCUUCAUGCAUGUCGAUGAUGAAGGAGAUACUGGCUGUGGCACCAUUUAUGUGUCAGAUGACAGAGGCACUGUGUACUCCAAGUCAUUAGUACGCCACCUUUACACCACCAAAGGAGGUGACACUGACUUCACUAACGUCACCUCCCUGCGAGGCGUUUUCAUCACCAGCGUCUUGGCUGAAGAUAACUCUGUGCAGUCCGUGGUGUCCUAUGACCAGGGAGGGGAGUGGUCUCCUAUUCAGAAACCUGCCAAUAGCAAGUGUGACGCUACAGCUAAAGACCCAGAACGGUGCAGUCUCCAUAUCCAUGCUGCCUACAGUACUGCUAUGAAGCUCAAUGUCCCCAUGCUGCCACUGAGUGAACCAAAUGCUGUGGGUCUUAUAUUAGCUCAUGGAAGUGUUGGUGGUUCGAUAUCAGUGAUGAACCCUGAUGUAUACGUGUCUGAUGAUGGAGGCUACACCUGGAUAAAAGCUCUUGACAGACCCCAUCAUUAUGCUAUUCUGGACUCUGGUGGCCUGCUGGUGGCUGUGGAGCACAAUCCCAAUGAACCAGUUGACAAGAUCAAGUUUUCAACUGAUGAAGGGCAGUGCUGGCAUACAUAUACCUUCACCCAGGAGCCCAUCUACUUUACAGGGCUUGCAUCAGAGCCAGGUGCUCGCUCUAUGAAUGUCAGUAUCUGGGGAUACAGAGACAGUGUUCUCAGCCAAUACUGGAUCUCUAUAACCAUUGACUUCAGGGAUCUCCUCACCAGAGACUGUGUGGACAGUGAUUAUGUUCAGUGGUUGGCUCACUCUGAUGACAUCAGUGACCCCAAGGAUGGCUGCAUGCUAGGCUAUAAAGAAAAGUUUCUGCGUCUCAGGAAGGACUCUGUUUGUUGGAAUGGACGAGAUUACAUGAUCACCACUCAACCAACGCCUUGCCCAUGCACACUGGAUGACUUUCUGUGUGACUUUGGAUAUUACCGUAAAGAGAACAGCUCAGAGUGCAUAGAGGAGCCAGAUCUGAAAGGCAAAAUGCUGGAGUUCUGUCUGCAUGGCAAAGAGGAGCAACUGCUGACUCAUGGCUACAGGAGAAUCCCCGGAGAUAAGUGUGAGGGUGGACAGAUUCCUGAACGGAAAGAGAUUGACCUCAGGAAGAGGUGUGUGAGUGACCUGCUGAACCCAGAACUCAAGAAAGAAGGCCACUCCUCCGUACCCAUUGUGAUAACAGUUGUCAUCAUCAUGCUACUGAGCACUGUUGCUGGAGUCCUUUUUGUCAAGAAAUACGUAUGCGGCGGCAGGUUCUUGGUUCACAGGUAUUCUGUACUGCAGCAACAUGCAGAGGACAACGCGGCUGAGGGCAUGGACGACCCACUUGAUUUCAGUCACGCUCCAAAUGGAAAGAUGGAGUUCCAUGACGACUCUGAUGAGGACUUGUUGGAAUAGCAGGUUGAGCCUGUUAAUCCAUCUCAACGGAAUUGUAGCCUACCUGGUAACUAGAGACUGUUCCUGUCACAUGUUUGUCCCUGCCACUCCCUCCUUUCAUCAAGUAAAUGAUCUUUGAUCUCUGCUAUUAGGCCGAGAGUCUGUGUCACUCUGCAGUCGUUUGUGAAGUAAAAUGAAUGUAUGCUGGCUCCCUGGACAUAGAAUAUGUUUGGGUGUAAAUCGCUCAAGUUUAUUUAUUAUUAUGUGGAUGCAAGACCUGAGUCAGGGCAGGAGAAAUUAGUUUGAAGGUGACGCUAGUUGUAUACCGUAAAUUCUUCCCACUGCAUCGCAGGUCCUGCCUGUGGUAUCACUUGGAAGGCGCUCCUAUAAAUACUUGUCACAUCUUUUCAUGAUGCAUGUCCUUUCUCUGCACUUGUAUGUAUGUGAUAUUAGGUUGGCAGGUGAUUACUGGAUAAUGACUCUCCCCAAUCACUACGAUUACAACUAAUUUUUAUGAAGUGUUUGAUUGUCCGUGUGCCCUCAGUGGCCAGAAUAUGACAAUUUUGGGCCUUGUAGUCUGUGGCUCAAUUGACAGUUUGUCUGUGUUCGGAAAAUUAGCCUACGCAUGAUGCUCUCUUCAACAUUAAGAUCCAUGGUUGAAGUAAGAAGCACAACUAGAAGCAUACAUUUGAUUGGGUUUUGAUAGCAAUAAAGUGUCUAAAUUCACAAUAUUUGCAUACAUGUAAAAAGCUUCCUUUACUACAAUAUCUGUAAUUUUGCCAGUUGCUCUCUUUGAUAAAUGAAGGCUGCAAAACUGUCUUGUUUCAAGACAAAAUUGUACGUAAAUAUCUGCAGUUUAACUGCUAAAAGCGCAAUAUUCUUUGUAUGCUUAAAGUUCCACAUUUUCCCAAAUGUGCUCUCAAAAUAUUUGACUGUAAUACGGUAAACUUGGUACUCAUAGUCUUGUCUGUAAUGAUUUAAACUGAUUUGUACUAAAGCUUUUGAAUUUGCAUUAUACAGUUCAUAGCGGAGACAGCUAUAGUUUCAUAGCAAAUGUCAAUUUAUUUUGCAAGAGUUUCAAGUCUAUCACUUGUUAGAAACGCACAGGAACAAUUAAAUGAUGUCAAUAUUGUAGGACAUACAAGGUGACAGACACUGGUAUGUAAAUAACAAAAGGGUGUGAGGCGGUGUGACUUGUAUGUGCAUCAAAUCCUCCAAAAAUUAUUUAUAGUGUCAAUUCAGGUGGUUCACCUGGUACUACUGACAUACGUCUCAAAGCUUUGACGUCCCCCAAGACAUUUGCACUGUUUGUUUGUUUAUAUCACACUGCUGUCAUACCAAUUUUAUUUGUGAUUAGCAGGUUCUGAGUGCAGUAAAUGUGGUGUUGUUUGGACAUGGUUGUAUAAGUGCCUCCUGCGAGGAUAUGAUGUGUUGCCCUCCCAUGUGUGACUGUCUUGUAAUUUCCUUUUAAUACAGUAUGUCUCUCAGAUGAUGUUUGACCAGGCUUCGUUUCUAACAUCUCCAAUGCUGCACUUUCCAUAAGAUAAGAACAGUGAAGGAUACAGUAUGUUUCAUAUGAGCUACCAUUGAACUGCAUGUAAUCCCUCACAGUAGUCUACAGUUGUUUUUCACGCCUCAGCAUGAGACCAUUCUGAUACUUUGAUAACAGGGUCACCUUGCAUAAGAAGUUAUAGGGUGGAAGUGCUAGACACAGGAAUUUCAUAUUUGAUGAAUAAGUGAUGCUAUCUUUUUCUUACAAUCUGAUGUAUAAUGUAGUAAGGUUUUGUAAAUAUGCAAACUUACAUCUUUGUAUCUGCUGCUUUAAUUUUAAGCAUUUCUUUGGGUUUACCAAUAAAUUGAUAAUGUUCCUCUGCUUUUG